AUGGGAACGAACGUGGCGCCUCCUCCUUCUCCCUUCACGCGGCGGCGGCGGCGGCGGCUUCCCUCACUAGGCCCACUGGAUUGGUGUCAGUUAAAAAUCACUGCCCCGCACAUUAUCCGUUCAAGGUGCUUCGUAGAUUGUGGAUACUGGUGGCGAUGUUUGUGGUUUGAAACGACCGAUGUUCAUCUGUUCUUUUUCUGUCAAUCCAGUGAACAUGUUUUAAAAUUGUUUUGCAGAGAAGUUGGAAACAACAACCGAGCUCUUCUCCCGUGGCUGUUUGUGCAGAAGGAGAAGUACGACGGUCUGUGUUCUCCCCUGGAGGGGGUGAAGGCUUCCCCCUUGCAGACGGCAUAUCGCAACAAAUGUGAAUUUUUGAUUGGCAUGGGUCCAAAUCAAGAAGAUAAAACAGUGGGUUUUCGCCUUGGAAAAUACAAGGGCGGGACCUGUGCGGUAGUGGAACCGUUUGAUACGAUCCACAUCCCUGGUGUUGCGAAAAAGGUGGUGAAGGCUUUUCAGGAUUACAUAAGGUCUACACCCUAUAGUGUCUAUAGCCCAGAAACCUAUGAAGGCAACUGGAAACAGCUCACCGUCCGCACCAGUAGGAAUGGCCACAUCAUGGCAAUUGCUUAUUUCAAUCCCCAGAAAUUAAGUAAAGAAGAGCUGACUGAACUGCAGGCCUCUUUGGCAAAGUAUUUCACCGAAGGCCCUGGAAAAGACAGUGGGAUAACUUCCUUGUAUUUUGUUGAAGAGGGUCAAAGAAAAUCACCCAAUCGUGAAGAUUUAACCUUGGAGCACAUUGCUGGUGAUAAAUACAUAUAUGAAGAUCUUCUUGGGAUGAAGUUCCGAAUUUCUCCCCAUGCCUUUUUCCAAGUAAACACACUGGCUGCUGAGGUUCUGUACUCGGUCAUUCAGGACUGGGCUCAAGUGGACCAAGACACAACCGUGCUGGAUGUCUGCUGUGGAACUGGAACAAUUGGAAUUUCGCUUGCCAAGAAAGUGAAGAAAGUUACUGGAAUUGAGCUUUGUCAAGAAGCUGUGGAAGAUGCCAAAGCCAAUGCUCAGCUUAAUGGGCUAAGUAACGUUGAAUUCCACUGUGGAAAAGCUGAAGAUCUUGUCCCUCAUCUUGUUAACUCCUUAGCGCUGGAGAAUUCUGUUACGAUUGUGGAUCCUCCACGAGCAGGGUUACAUUCCAAAGUCAUUCUUGCCAUCCGAAAAGCGGAACAGUUAAAGAAGCUCAUUUACGUCUCCUGUAACCCUCGAGCUGCUAUGAACAACUUUGUGGAUCUUUGCAGAGCUCCUUCGAACCGCGUCAAAGGAAAUGCUUUUCGUCCCGUGAAAGCAAUGGCAGUAGAUCUCUUCCCUCACACCAUGCACUACGAGCUGCUGUUUUUCUUUGAAAGGAUGGAGCACCCAAGCACAGCAAAGCAGCCACUGUGAAACCGGAAGCAACUGGGUCUGUGGAAGAAGACAAUGCAAACUGGCUCCAAGAGUCUGCAGCUACCAAAUGUUUUUGCUAAGGAUGGUUGCGGGCUAGUUAGUUCCUAUGAAUGAUCUGUUUUCCCAUUUUGAUCUUGGAGCAGUUGCCAUCAUGCUCUUCCAGAAAUUCUGACCAGCUGGCCAGUUCCCAGGACUUCAAAAUGGUGGUAGUAUUUAAGGAAGAAAUAGAAUAAAACUCCCGAGGAGUCUGGCUUAGGCAAAAGCUGAAAGUAAAAAAAAUUGAGGACGUAACUGGAUUUUGGUUUUGUAUCAAGACUGCUUGAAGUCAUUACAGAAUUGUGCCAAACGAGGACUACUACAGCUAUGCAAAGCAAUCCAAUGGAUAACAAACACUGAACUUCAACUUUAGCUAGGAACGAAGAGCCAUGGAAGGGGUCAGAAGAAAGGCUAUUAAUAUUCAGAAGUAGGAUUUCUAUAUUUCCAUUUGUUAUGGCAAAUUGAAUGUUAAAGUACUGAAUCAGUCUUGCCAACUCUUAUGCUCUCCUAUUGUGCUGGACUUCAAAAUGAAACAGAUUGAACACUUUUAAUUUGACAAAUUCCAGAUCAAGCCUGAGGGAUCCAUGACAGGUACCUCUCCAUAAUUACCCCAGGUUCUUGUUCCUGUCUAUGAUUGUCUAAGAACUUUAUAAAUAGCCCAGACUUGGUUAGUGUUUCAGCAGCAUGUGGUGUAUAGCCCUGUUAAAGACAACCAGGUGACGAUCCUCAUUAAAUAUCCACAGAUCCACGAUAGAUCCAUUAUUAAACAGAGCAUGGCCCCCUGGAGAAAAAGAAAUUGUUAAAAGGCAGCAGUCAAGGAACAACUGUAGUAUCAGUCAAUCACAGUAUCUUAUGCAAUAUCAAACUUUAUUGCUCAGAUUUCAUUUUGAGGGAACACACAAGUACUCAAAAGGACCUAACACAGAGGCUCAAUGAAAUAGGCUUUGUAGUUGCACCAACUGAUCACUGGAAUCGAGGAAUUGUACUCAAACAGAAAAUUCACACAGCGCCCAGGAAAACAAAGUUGGACACAUUCAUUUUCAAAAUACAAUAGUUAACUGAUCACUGUAAAUUGUUCCAAGUGGCAGACAGGCUAGCUUAAUGAGGAACUGUCCUCACAGACAACUACAGGUAGUGAUUAAUGUCCCAGGUCUCCCACCAAAACCAAGCAUACAAUAAUGUAAACUGCUUCAAGAAAAUGUUUUUGCAAAUGUGGAAAAUGCAAAAAAGAGAAUGUAUUUCCAGCAGGCAGGUAUAUUAAAAGUGUUAAUUAAGCAACUAGUUGUUUUAUACUGGGCAGCAUCUGAUUUUCACCAAAGCUAGUAACCUUGCGCUUAGUACGAAACAUUCAAAGAAUACCUUAUAGCUCUUAAGCAGCACAUAAUAUGCAAAGCAAAAGCUAUUUCUAGAGAAUGGAACAGAUGCAUGUUAGUGAAGCUUCUCCAGAUUAAUGUAUUGUGCUAAUCAAAAGGGGAGCCUGAGGUGGCUUUGCUUUAAGCACUUUAAGCAUUGUUAGAAUCCAAACUACUGUAUUACAGUUGAUUAAAUAGAAGAAACGGCCACAAUUACAAGAGUCACACAACACUCUGA